AUGGAAUUAUUAAAUAUACUUAAGUAUGAAGCGAAGAUUGAAUAUGACAGUAAAUCCGCCGGAGGCCAUUGGCUGAGGAGGAAAGAGGCUCUUCGCGCGAAGAGAGGCCGACAUGCUCCAAACAAAGUUAGGGCGAGAAGACAAAUUGACCCUAUAACAUCUAUAACUGAAGCACCAGAGCUUCAAGACAAGGCGACAACGAGGAAGAGUCCGCCGCAUUCGUCGCGAAUCUCCGCCGGUGAGAGCGAAUGGAGUGGUGCGACUGGCGGGCCGCCAGCCGAGGUGGUGCUACGCCUGCACCCUCCGUCCUCAACGUCACGUGUCAACGCUUCCCUAGCUGACAUCGAUGGCAGUGGCGUCGUGGUAAGGGCAGAAGAGGCCCUCAUAGUAGCCUUCGUCCUGCUCCUCUGGGUGGCAGCAAUAGCACUGUUCUUCAAUCGUUGGGGCAAGAUCAGGUGCGUCUAUAAACUAAUGCUGGAGCCAUAUCAGCCGAAGUUCCAGCAGCAACACCGGCAGAGCUGCGCGCUAGCUGAGAACUCCGUUACCAUUCCUCCUCAUCACCGAGCGUCACUGUCACGCGGCUGUGUGUCAUACGACUGCGGGGCAUCAUUCCCAUCUUAUCAACCAUGCGGGUACCUGUCCCAUAGACCGCGGCAGAACUCGGUCUUCGUAAGUAGCAUGGGAAUGGGCGGUAUGGCGCUCAUCCCCGAGAGUCCUCCGCGACGCUCGCGCUCAGCAGCCGACCUCCCUGCCCUCAUAACCCCAUCAGACAUCAACCACACCACACCCAGAUCAUCGAGAGCAGCCAGCUUACACAGCGCAGUAGAUCUCAGAGUAGGACCGUCUCCAAGAGCUUCGAGAGCUGCGAGUCUACAUUCAGCAGUGGAUAUGCCGCCAGGAUCAGUUCAGGUCCAUGUGAGAGGGUCAGGGUCAAACUUGCAUAGACCGAGAAGUCCAAGACGGCUUACUAUUACUAACGUCUAAUUUAAGUGAUUAAAAGACUUUGAAUGUCUCUGGUAUAAAGGACCAAAAAUGUAUUAGUGACAAUCAUGGUCUAAAUGUCUGAUCAGAUGAUAUCAAAAUGUAUUUUGAAUCUAAAACAAAUGUUAAGAGGUACUUAUCUAAUAUUUUUUCGAUAUAACAUCGUUGGGAGUUUUUCCAGUCUAAAUAUAAAUUCCUUGAGAUGGAGUUGAUAAAUUCAAUUUAAGUUCAAAUUUGUCUUUUGAAGUUUUGAUGUAUUUGUUUCUUUUUUUGGAUUGUAUGAAAGCUUUAACUCGACAUUCUCAUUAAAUAAGUUUUGUUCUCGAAAUGUUCUCGAAGAACUUUUGGUGUGAAAUUGAGAAGUACCAAUUAAUUGAUACAUUAUUAGAAUAAGUUUACUGUAUAACUUUCUAUAUUUCCAGUAGUUUAGUCUUCUUCUUCUCUUCGUCAUAUCUAUACGUAUACAUACUUGUAGAUGUAAAAGUGCAUUAUGCACAAAUCUUAGACGUGUGGUGCUAUUAUAAGUAUCAAGAUUACUUAUUUCAUUGACUAUAAAUUCAUUUUCUGGCUCAUGUAUUCAAUUAUCUCCAGGACUUGUUUGAUUGUUUGUUACUAUUCAUUCUA